GCCUUAUGUAAUUUAUAUCGGUCCGGUUCGGUUUAUAAAUUUAUGCGUCCUUUCGUCCCGACAAUUGCAAAAGUACAUCUUCCUGGGUUUUUUCCAACGAUUUUGUUUCAUCGCCGCGCUAAUUUAGCAGAGAGAAACCUCACAAUCCGCGCCGAAUAAUCGAACAGUAGUAUCUGGAUUCAUGCAUUUGAACCGGCAAACCUUAGCAUAUGUAGAAAUCGGGAAGAAGAGAAAGAACCCCAAACCCUAAACAUUGAAUUCCUCGUUCUCAUGUUUCAGAGCUAUUGUUGAGAUAUGUUGCCAAAACAAGAAAAGGACCCUAUUAAUUCCAUCGCCAUCGAUAGUAGCGAUGACGAAAACGGCAUCGGAAAUGCGUGUAGAGAGCAUCCAUUGCACGGGGAAGAAGGAGUAGAAUUGAACAGUCAGGUAAUAGUCCCUCUUCCUAGUUCGAGCAAUCAGAGCCAAACGUUCUUCUCGCGUAGUUUCUGGAAAGCAGGGGACUAUGAUGUCGGCCCUACGAAAUCGACUCCUGGACCAGGUCAACUGGAACAUGCACGCAUACACCCCAAGUUUCUCCAUUCGAAUGCAACAUCACACAAGUGGGCUUUUGGAGCAAUAGCGGAACUUCUGGAUAAUGCAGUUGAUGAGAUUUGCCAUGGUGCAACGUAUUUGAAGGUGGAUAAAAUCAACAAUGUAAAAGAUAAUUCUCCUGCUUUACUUUUCCAAGAUAAUGGAGGGGGAAUGGAUCCUGAAAGCAUGCGGAAAUGUAUGAGCUUGGGGUACUCUUCAAAGAAGUCAAAGGAAACUAUUGGACAAUAUGGCAAUGGAUUCAAGACAAGUACCAUGCGUCUAGGUGCUGAUGUUAUUGUGUUUAGUCGAGCAACUAAUGGAAGCCAUGCAACACAAAGUGUUGGUCUUCUCUCAUACACCUUUUUGAGGAGAACUGGACAGGAUGAUGUGAUUGUUCCAAUGGUUGAUUUUGAACUUUCUGAGCAUUGUGCAGAACCAAUAAUUUUCAGCUCACAAGAUGAUUGGGCUGCAAACUUGAAAAUUAUCUUGGGAUGGUCUCCCUUUGGGUCAAAGGAGGAGCUUAUGCUGCAGUUUGAUGAUAUUGGACCUCAUGGAACAAAAAUUAUAAUAUUCAACCUAUGGCUUAAUGAUGAUGGCUUGCUGGAAUUGGAUUUUGAUAAUGAUGAUGAGGAUAUUCGUUUGAGGGAUGAAACUGACCAUGGGAGGCCUUCUAGAUCACGAAACAAAUUAAUUGAAUCCCAUAUUUCUUAUCGAAUUCGUUAUUCAUUAAGGGCAUAUAUUUCCAUUCUAUAUCUCAGGAAGUUUACAAAUUUUCAUAUUUCAUUAAGGGGUAAACCAGUUGAGCAAAUUACUAUUGCUGACGAAUUGAAGUUUCGGAAGGUCGUAACAUACAGGCCACAACUUGGGAUGACAUCGAAAGAGACAGUUUCUGUAGAAACAACGAUUGGAUUUGUAAAAGAGGCUCCCUUUCUUCCAGUUUCCGGGUUCAAUAUUUACCACAAAUGUCGCCUUAUCAGGCCCUUCUGGAAAGUUGUUGACGAAUAUUCUUCUCGAGGGAAUGGCGUAGUUGGGGUUCUUGAAGCAAAUUUUAUUGAACCAGCACAUGACAAGCAAGAUUUUGAAAGGUCGUCUUUGUUUAUUCGACUUGAAAUGAAGCUCAAACAAAUGAUGCUUGAAUACUGGAAAGACCAUGCUCAUUUGAUAGGUUUGCAGACUCCAGGUGUCAGGUCAAGUAGGAAUGGCUGUUCCACUGAGCAGCCUCCUGUUGCACUUGCAGCCAAUUUACAGAGGGAACUGCCUACUGAUCAACAUGCCAGUGGCUUGUCAGCUAAUUUGGAAAAUGAAAUGCAUUUAAACCAACCUGUCAUUGGCCUUGCUGCUAACUUGAGGCCGGAGUUGAGAAAUGCACAACCUGGAAAUGAUGUCACUUCUUGUUUUCAGACAGAAUCUCCAACUGCUGAGCAUAUUACUGGCCUAACAUCUGACUCAUCUAAAAAAUUGGCUUCUGCUGAUAAUUUAGGAUCUACAUUAGUAGAUCGGAUAUGUGAAGAGAACAUACAAUUAUUUAUGAGAUGUGAGGAGUACAUACAGAAGGAGAAUAGUUUGAAACAGACGAUUGAACAACUAGAGAGGGAUUUGGAGGAAGCCAAAAGAAAAUGUUCUCAACUUUCGUCACGCCUAGAAAACCAAAGAAGGCAGAAGAUCAUAGAAUGAGAUAAAAAUGGAUGAUGGGUACCACUGAUUAAUCUUCUUUGACAGCAUCAGUUAUUAUAAUUGUUGCCCACAGAAGGUGAAAAGAGAAAAUGAUAAUCAUAUCGGCCAUGGUUUUGGCUCUUGUACUUGCAGUGAAUACUUGAGGAAUUUUAGGAUGAAUGAUGAGUGCUCAGGAAGACACUUCUUGUUCUGUUUGUUAUCUUUUAGUCUCCAUAAAUUUUGAUAUGCUAAUGUUGUCUUCAGAAAUUGCCAACAAAAUGACUUCUAGGUUA